AUGCGUAUCAUCAGUGGCAUUGCUGCUACGCUGGGUCUUGCGGGCGCAGUCUCAGGAACCCUACACCCUCGCUCCCAAGAAUCCCGCGACUUCUUCGCUCUCCACCUCGAUGACACCACCUCCCCCUCCCACAUCGCACAGGUCCUAGGCGCCCGCCACGAGGGCAAAAUCGGUGAACUCGCUGGUCAUCAUACAUUUUCAUUACCGCGAGACCAGACCACUCAGACAGUAACCUUAUUGGACAAUUUACGGGCAAAGAGAAAGCUCCGGCGGCGUUCCGGCGAGCUCGAUUCGCCCGCUCCCAGUGACGAUCCACUGGACGGUGUCUUGUGGUCGCAUAAGCUCGCACCGGCAAGACAAAGACUUCAGAAAAGACUCCCACCAGCCUCCGUACCAUAUGAAUCGCUGGACAAGAGAAAGGAGGAUCCGCAGGUCGCUGCAUUUCGGAAGAACGCCAUAUCAAGUCUAGGGAUCAGCGAUCCCAUCUUCAAUGAUCAAUGGCAUCUUCUGAAUAGCGUGCAGCCCGGUCAUGAUCUCAAUGUUACAGGGCUUUGGUUGGAGGGAAUUACGGGCAAGGGAAUCGCCACGGCAGUAGUGGACGACGGUUUGGAUAUGGAUAGCAAUGAUCUCAAACCCAACUACUUCGCAGAGGGCUCAUGGGAUUUCAAUGAGGGAGGCCCGGACCCUCGCCCUCUUCUACUGGACGACAAACAUGGCACGCGAUGCUGCGGCGAAAUUGCAGCAGCCAAGAACGAUGUUUGUGGUGUUGGUGUUGCGUACGACAGCAAGAUUGCUGGCAUUCGUAUUCUGUCCAAGCCCAUCGAUGAUAUCGAUGAGGCAGCUGCGAUAAACUAUGCUUAUCACAAGAAUGAUAUUUAUUCGUGCUCGUGGGGCCCCAUUGACGACGGCGCUACGAUGGAUGCGCCUGGAAUCCUCAUCAGGCGAGCCAUGCUCAAUGGUAUCCAGAAAGGCAGAGACGGGAAAGGUUCAAUUUUCGUUUUUGCUGCCGGAAAUGGCGCGGCAAAUGGAGAUAACUGUAACUUCGAUGGUUACACCAACAGCAUCUACAGUAUCACAGUCGGUGCUAUUGACCGACAAGGUAAACACCCGAGCUACUCGGAGUCCUGCUCGGCCCAGCUUGUCGUUGCAUACAGUAGUGGAUCAAAGGAUGCAAUCCACACCACUGAUGUUGGUGCCAACAAGUGCUUCGACGGACAUGGUGGUACUUCAGCGGCCGGUCCGCUAGCCGCCGGCAGUGUGGCUCUUGCGCUAAGCAUACGACCCGAGUUGACCUGGCGUGAUCUGCAAUACAUCAUGGUGGAGACUGCGGUCCCCGUCAGCGAAGACGAUGGCAGCUGGCAGAUCCUGCCUUCUGGCCGCAAGUUUAGCCACGACUGGGGGUUCGGAAAGGUCGAUACCUAUACCAUGGUCCAGCUUGCUAAGACUUGGGACCUCGUAAAGCCCCAAGCAUGGUUCAACUCACCAUGGUUGCGUGUGCACAAAGCAAUCCCCGAGGGCGACCAGGGACUGCUGAGCCAUUAUACAGUGACCGCUGAUCAAAUGAAACAGGCCAACAUUGCCCAAUUGGAACAUGUCACCGUGACGAUGAAUGUUAACCACACCCGCCGCGGUGAUAUCAGCGUUGAGCUGCGCAGUCCUGCCGGUAUUGUUAGCUACCUGAGUGUUGCCCGCCGAAAUGAUGAGAUGCGAGCUGGCUACGACGAUUGGACUUUUAUGUCUGUUGCCCAUUGGGGUGAAUCUCCCUUGGGCGAUUGGUCGAUCAUCGUGAGAGACACUGCCAAGAAUGAAGACACUGGGACUUUCAUCGAUUGGCGUCUCAAUCUCUGGGGUGAAGCCACUGACGGGGCCAAGCAAGGCCUGCACCCCCUGCCCGAAGAGAACGAUGAUGACCAUCCCUACGAAGAUGCUCAUGUGGCUACGACCAGUGUUGAGGCAGCCCCAACGAAGACCGGUGUCCCUGAAAAUUUGGAUGAUCACCACGACCGGCCUGUAAACGCAAAGCCGACAGCGGAGCCUGAGACUAAGCCAGUUGAGGAUGAGAAGAAACCUUCAGCCACCUCGGGUGGUGAAACUGCCUCCCCUUCAUCCACCUCAUCAGACUAUAUAUCCUCCUACCUCCCAACAUUUGGUACCUCGAAGCGCACCCAAGUUUGGAUCUACGCAUCUUUUGCUAUGAUCGUUGUCUUCUUCAUUGGACUGGGUGUUUACUUCCAACUGCAGCGAGUCAAGCGUCGUCGCACUACGGCUCACGACGACUAUGAGUUUGAAAUGAUCGAAGACGAGGAUGAGAUGCAACCAAUGGCUGGAUCUUCCGGCCGUACCCAGCGUCGUGGUGGUGAGCUGUAUAAUGCAUUUGCUGGCGAAAGCGACGAGGAAAUGUUCAGUGAUGAUGAUGAACCUUAUCGUGAUGGAUUGACCAACAUCCCAGAGAAGGCCAGCGAGGAUGGGUCAUCUCAAGCUGGCCGCCCGGAAAAGCCUUGA